AUGGUAGAUGAAGAAGCUGCUUUACUGAAUACAACGGCUACACCACAAUUCAUCGGUGCCAUGACGGAGAUGGUAUGGGCACAACUUGAAAACACAGCCAUAGACCUCGAGUCCUUCUCCCGACACGCAGGCCGCACAACAAUCACAACCGAAGACGUUUUACUCAUGACACGAAAGAACGAGGCUUUACAGGGGAUAUUACGGGAUUUUGUGGAGAGUGAGAAAGAGAAGGGUAAAGCUGUGGGCGAGAGGGGGAAGGGGAAGGGGAAAGCGAGGGGGAAGUAA